UAUAGCCGCCAGAUUCCUCCAACUUACUCUAUUAAACGUAAGGAAUUGCUUGUCUGACAAUAUGAACGUUUUUUCUUCUAUUUUUUUACAGUGAUAGUACAAUAAUUUGAGCAGCAUUAACGCUGUGAAACUAGGAUUUAUAACUACUGCAAAGAAUUUAAAGCAAACAGUUCAGUCGAUGCGCCUGUACUACAUAUAUAUUUGUUUACCAAAAGAGCAUAAAGAGGAAAUAAGUUAUCGCGUAGAAAUACGUGCAAAAACAACAACAACAAAGAGGAAAUAAGUUAUCGCGUAGAAACACGUGCAAAAACAACAACAACAAAGAGUUUUCUAGAUUAAGAUUAAAACAAUGGGUAAAGUGUUCCGGUUCAAGUUCGGGAGUGUGGCCCUGUUUGUCCAGGUAGUUUUCAUCGUCCUGUUCGCCACCCUCCUCGAGUAUGAUGACUCCGCCGACCCGAAACUGCCCAUGGUUGGCGACCACAACUACGUCCCGCCGACUAGCGAAAACGCCACCUCCGAUGGUGAAACGACGUGGGCGCGAGUCUCCAGGAAAUACCCACCGUUCCAGGACGUGCACGUGAUGAUAUUCAUCGGUUUUGGUUUCCUGAUGACAUUUCUGUGUCGCUACGGUUACUCGGCGGUCGGGCUCAACUUCUUCAUGGCCUCGCUCAUCGUGCAGUGGGCCAUGAUCGUCCGGGGUUUCGUCUACCAGGGAACCUUCACCGGCAAGAAGUAUAAGAUCGUCGUGGAUGAGAUGGUGACUGCGGACUUUGCCUCUGCCACCGUACUCAUCUCGUUCGGUGCUGUUCUAGGAAAGACCACGCCCCUUCAGCUCCUUAUAAUGGGACUGAUAGAGGUGAUACUGGCCCAGAUCAACGGCAUGGUCUGCCACGACAAACUACAUGCUGUGGACGUGGGUGAGUCCAUGUACAUCCACGCGUUCGGUGCCUACUUUGGUCUGGCUGUCUCCCGCAUGCUGUACUCGGAGAAGGCACAAAAAAGCCAAAAGUCGGAGUCUGUCUAUCACUCGGACCUCUUCUCCAUGAUCGGAACCGUUUUCCUGUGGAUGUACUGGCCUAGUUUUAACGGGGGUGGAGCGGAGGGGGACGAGCAGCACCGUGCCUACAUUAACACGUACCUGUCCCUCGCCGCCUGUACCGUGGUCACAUUCGCCAUGUCAGCAAUCUAUGACAAAAAGGGCAAAUUCACCAUGGAGUUUGUCCAGAACGCGACGCUGGCCGGUGGUGUGGCGGUGGGGACGACGGCAAAUAUGCCGCUGCAGCCGUACGGUGCUCUCAUCAUGGGAUCCGUGGCCGGCCUCAUUUCGGUCACCGGAUACAAGUACAUCUCCGGUUUUCUAACGGACAAGCUGCGCAUACAGGACACCUGCGGCGUCAAUAACCUGCAUGGGAUGCCGGCCAUCCUCGCGGCCAUUGCCGGGGCAGUCAUGGCCGCCAUGAGUUCUGAAGACAAGUGGGGCCGCAGCAUGUAUGAGAUAUUCCCGUACACAGUGCCCGCUACAGGAGCUGACUUUGACGCCCUGGUACAACGCUACCCGGACCUGGAGCCGGGCAAGGGCUGGUCAUCCGGAAAACAGGGCGGAUAUCAGAUGCUCGCCCUUGUUAUCACGCUCGGCAUUGCGAUAGUCGGAGGUAUUUUAACAGGUCUGUUACUGAAGCUGCCGGUGUUUGACCAGGAUCAGCUAGGUGAGGUGGACGAUCUGUACGAGGACGCUGUGUUGUGGAAUCUGCCGGAGGAGGAGGAGCAUGAACACGCCAAGAAGUACAUCGAGGAUAAAAACGGCAGCCAGAUGAGCGAGAUGCCUAGAGUGACGGAGGAGAAGGGUAGCGUACAUCUAUAACUGUAAUCACUGUAACCCGGGCUCGUAUAUAACUGCAUGUCGUGUAACUGUAAAGAAGUUGGCAAAGGCGAUACCCUACAGUAUACAAAAGUUAAUGUAGCAACAUAGUGACGCGAUCCAAAUGCAUGCAGAUAUACUUUUGUGGACUGCUAGACCAAUAUUCAAAUAAUCGGACAUUUCAUUCUUGACGUGAAUCACAUUUGAAAGAAAAUAUUAUUCAAUCAAUAUGAAUAUUUGUCGCCUUUUGUAUAUAUCGUUUUAUACCUUCAGUUCUUGAUGGCGCAUAAGUUUGCCAUGUUACCCAUUCACAUUGGUAUGGUAACGUGUAAGUUUCAACUGCUAGUUUAGGUUGGGAAAUAUUUGGUCACGCGUUUGCCUGUAUAUAAUUCUGCUAUUGAAAAACUAUAAUCUGGAAAGUUCCAUGUAUGUACACACAUAUAUACUUGUGCAUAGGAGUGUAUUUUGAAUUUGUUAUGUAUAAUAUGAUUAUCGUAUUUAGUGUUAGGCACAGGGGAUAAAUGUAGACAUUGGUUGCAUUUCAAAUGGUUAAUACUCAAAUCCAUGUCUUAAAGCUAUAAGAUACAAUAACAUCAGCAAUGAUGUGUUUCAAAUGUUAGAUUGCGUGUUUUAAUGGGCCGAUUGUUUAGAACUUUGUUAGAAUAAACGACGUUGUUUACAAUACGGCAUUGUUGUUAUCUGUAUAGUCUUUACUGUUCUGGAAAUUUAAUAAAUAACCAGGUGCCCUGUAUUUCUACCAAUAUUUGAAAAAAAAAAACUGUUUCAGCUGUAUUCAGUGUGUGUAUACCACGUGAUAAAUUACGUCAUUAAUGCUACAUCGGAAGGCAACAGUUUGCUUCGAAUGAUGACUUAAAACAAAGAUAACUUUUCUUUUCUUCAUCAUUUUAAAUGAAACAAAGGGCAGUCUAUGCCACCUAAAGAACCCCGCCUUCGUAAUAUUACCGGAGUGUGGUUAGGUGAGUGUUCUCCUAAAAACUUCGACAAAUCUGUUUCCAAACUAAUGUUUUGACAAUGCUUCAUUAGGGCGGCGGUUUCGUGAAAAGGUUUGUCGAAGUGUUUUAAAAAACUAGAAUCUCAAUCAAACUCUAGUUAAAGACCAAAUGCGGGGUUAUGUAAGCGGCAUAGACUACGCCAUGUUUCAUUGAAUGUGGUGAAUUAAUAGUCAAGUUAUCUUUAAUUAAAGUCUUCAUUUGAAGCAAAAUAUUGGCUUCCAAAGGAGCAUUUAUGACGUAAUUUAUCACGUGGUAUACACACACUGGUAUUUGUUUCAUUGAAAGAUAUGGGUGCAACAUAGAAUAGAUCACCUUUUUUAAAUUACCAACGAUACCGUCAACAACCUUGUUUACGCUAACAUCGUUCUGAACCGUUGGCCCAAUGUGUUACAUUUUGUUCGAACGAGUGUUAACGGCGCAUUUGCACAAUUUGUCUAACAUUCUAUAUCAGGGAUCUGCAUAUGUGUGUAACUAUAUUCUUAUAUAAAUACCUCAUGCGUUAUGUGUUAUUAUUAAGUGUUUGUUCAAUACUGAAUUCAGUGCAUGUAACCACGUACCGUUACUAAAAAAAUAAACC